UAAAAAAUAUUAUUAAAAAAUCUCUCUUUUCCUUCACGCGGCGACUACUCCCGCCGCUCCGCUCCCCCAAAAAUGGCGCCUCCCCUCGAAGACCUCACUCGCCUCCUCGCCGAACUAGCCGUCCUCCUCCCCCGGCCACCCGCCGGUGGCGUCGGCGCUACUUCCACCACCGCUGCGGACACCCUUUCGGCCUCCAUUUCCUCCCUCGCCGCCACCCUCAACUCCGGCCGCAGCGGCUCCUCAUCCGGAGCCAGGGUUCUGGACGCCGCACUCUCCCUCAUGUGCUUCGACCCACUAGAGGCAAGGCAACCCCCUCGUCGUCUCCCUUACUCGUUCGCUGCCGCUGCUGACCUAUUCGUUAACCCUCGUGCUGAUGGGAGUGUGUGUGACGCAGGUGGGUAGGGCUCGCGUCGACUGCCUGUUCCGCACCAUCGUCUCCGCGCUGUCCGCGUCGGUCUCGUGCCUGGUGGUCCGGCCCGAAGGGGGCGCCAGCGACGAGAUGCUCUGUUCUGGGAGCUCUGUUCAUGUGCAGCCUGGUGGAGAAAUUGGGGGACUUUGAUGGUGAAUUUUUUUACUGGGUUCUCUUCCGAUACGUCGCAAGUAGGCUGGCUUGGUGUUUACAGGAAAUGCCCAUCGAUGCCGUUUUCAAGAUGACGUGACAUUCUUAAUGUGUAUUCUGUGGUUUGGUAAAAUGGCAACCAUAUAACUGAAGCAGUUACGCAAUUGAGAGAUCAGCUUACGAUGCUAUGUUUCUUCCCAUGGCUGUAGGUUGAUAUGUUAUCUGUUCUGUAUUAAUGUUGGCACUUCAGGUUUCUUCCAUGCAGUUGCAAGGCAUUCUUAUGAUCUAUUAUAUGUUAUUACCAAAACGGCAGUAUUAUCCCCAUGUUAUCGUUGUCUUUUCCCUUUGCCGUAUUAUGGAGAAGAGGGGGAAAGCGUAUAUGACAUGGCAACCAUUGCUGCAGAGUUAACAGAUUAUCCAUCUCAUCAAGUGCUUCCUAGUAUCACUCAAUCCCACUGAGGGUUCUUUUAUGGCAUCUUGAUCCAUCAAUUAUUAAGCAUGAUCUGUCAGCAAUGCUCCAGGAAGCAAUUUGAAGGCCCUUGCUUUGCUUGAGAAAUGAAUUACAUGAUCGGGUUGAAUGACGUGUCAUUAUAAUUUGCCUGGUUUGCUCCCCAUCUAUGUUUAUGGAGAUGAGAUCAUUAUUUCAUUUCUGGUUUCUUUCAACGGGUCUGAGUUCUGUGCUAGAACUUCACAGUGCAGUGGUAUCAUCGGUAUUAGACAUUCUUCUGAAGCCAAUGUCAUGGGGAAUAUCCAUAGAAUGGGGACAGACUUUCCCCUUUUCACAUGCUUACUUCCCAAGGGAACAAAGUGACUUGCUUGUGAUACUAACUGGGCCCUUAUCAUGUACAAGUUUUGUGCACCUAGUUUCUUAUAUCAGUGGCUUGGUUCAUUUGGAUAAAACAAGAACCAGUCAUUCUUCGCAGAAGAACUUACAACUUCAACCAUCGAAGGGAUUAGUAAAAUAUAAUUCUGUGUGGUCCAUGAUUAUGAAUUUCCCUGUUUGGUUCAGUUUUGCAACUACUUUACUUUUCCAUCGAGAAGGUUCACAAGAUUAUUUAUCGGAAACAUUAUCCAAGGAGAUAAUUGCUGAAUCAAUAAGUGAUGUCAGUCUUGCUCAGAGGGCAGCCUUUUAUCUUUCUUGGGUGCUAUGGCCUUCUAAUGAUGAUCAAUGCCAGAUGCUGGCUAACAAUAUUUUGGAGUUAUCACAUUCUUGGGCCAGGAACAACAAAAAACGACCAAGCUACCAUACUAGUACCGUUAAUCAUAGGAGGGAACUGCGAAUACCCACAGCUGGGGACUCAGAGAAACUCCUUGUGCCAACCAACCCUGUAAGCUCUCUGAUUAAAAUUUUUGAUGAUCGCCGUGUAAAACUUUUCAGCGCAACUGCCAUUUCUCAAGUCGAAGCUGAAGAACUAUCAGACUUCCGUCCCUCAUGCCAUAAUCUUUUGCAUCUGUGGAUUCUUUUAGGAGUAUUGCUUGUAUCAUCUAGUUGUGUUAACGAGAGCUGUGACAUGCUUCUGCGCUACACAAGCACUGGGCAGGUUCUGGAGUCAAAUGAGGUGCAUAUAAAAACAAAAGAUCAUGUUGGUAAUGAUGGUUUCGCAGCCAGCUGCAGAGGUAUUGCUGAAAGAUGGGCUUUGAGUGGUGCAUAUCUCAUCUUUGGCUGGCUUGACAUUGUCGAGGAUAUGUCUUCAGUGAUAUUUGAUUGCGAAGAUAUCUGUCAUCGUUUCGUCAGUCAACUCAGAACCAAGACAGGCCCAUACCUGCUCAAGUGUGUAAAGUUAUUACUUGAAGUGCUGGAUGAGGCAGAUCAAGAUAGAGAUUAUGUAAUCGAUCUUCAUAAUAGGUUGUUAAACUGGAACAAGAAUGGGCAGUGCUGUGAGGCAUUUAAGGAUGUUAUCCUUCAAAUGAAUAAAAAGUUUAAUCUUCCUUUGUAGCAGUGACCAGGGAUUUUAUCCAGCUAUUGAAUAUUUUAAUGUGUCUAA